UACAUGGACUCACGAAUGGGUGUCGUGAUGUAGGGAAACAUCUGUGCGUACGAUUGUGCGUUUGUUCGUGCGUAUGUCCGUGAGUUAUCCGCGAAUGCGCGUGCAUGUGGGACAGCACUUGAGAGGUGUAGACCGGCGUGUAUCUGUUAGUAAGUAUGUUUGUGUGCACGUAUGGCUGCAUGUCUAUCGUACCCCAGUACAAGACCUUUCAUUUGGCUAUUUUAGUUUUUUUGGAAGGUGCCGAAUUUUCUGUGCUCUUCCGCUCUGACUAUGUCAUUGAGUGGACAGGUUUCAACGUGUCCUAUAAAGUAAUUACAGGUACGUAAUUAACCAUCUAUAGUUUUUUUGCAUUUAUUCCCCAUGGUAUGCUAUAGAGGAACCCUAGCUAUAUACCUUAGACGAAUUCUAGCUACAUCUCAAACAUGGUAUAGAAAACGUCUGCUUCGUAACUGUAGCCUCCGGAGGAUUAACCAGACAUUUUUGACGCGUAUAUUUUGGCCCUAAAGACAGGCUUAUCUAUGUAGGGACCCAGCUUGAUGUUUUCGGUCAUUAACACUUUGCUGGAAAUGUUGUCAUUUCAGAUCAGGAAAGGGUUAAAGACAAGGCACUAGAAACACUCGAGGCAAGACGCAACAGCACCAACAACAGCACUUUGCGCUUUGUAGAUUAUGCAUCCUUCACGGAGCUCCCUUUCUACCUCACGGCCCAAUUCGUUAUGAACGGCGUGGUCAACCCGCUGAUUAUCGUCGCAGGCCUGCUGGGAAAUUCGUUGACCAUCGUCGUCAUGAGCAGAAUUACGUCCAAGUCGUCGUGCUACCAGGUGUACCUGAUGGCGCUAGCAGCAUCCGACUUGGCCGUGGUGUUGACCGAGAUCGGCUCCGAUUGGCUCUUCUUCCAGUUCGGAGUUCCCCUGGAUGCCGCCAACGUCGUGCUCUGCAAAACCAGAACGUGGAUGGUGUACAGCUUCGGGACGCUGUCCUCCUGGCUGUUGGUGGCCACGACGGUGCAGCGCUCCCUGGCCGUGCUGCGACCGCUGAACGUCAACGUCAUCUGCACGACCAGGCGAGCGCGUGGACUGGUGAUAUCCAUCGCUGUCGUCAUCUUCGCCAUGCACAGCAACCUGAUUCGCACCUUCGACAUCACCCAGCGGCAGGGCGCCUACGCCAACAAGACGUCUUGCGCGGUCAUCAACGAUGAUUUUUUAGCGGUUUGGAGCGUGGUCGACCUGCUCGUGUCCUCUCUGGUGCCAUUCGGUCUUCUGGGCGCUAGCAACGCCAUCUUGGUGUGGACGCUGGCCAGGUCCUUGCGGCACGCCCGGCGGCAGCUGAACGCCGCACAGCAAGCUCCGCGCGGCGGCAAGAGAGUGGAGAAGGUCUCCUCUUUGUCCAUGACCCUAGUCAUGCUGUCGCUGGUCUACUUCCUCCUGACAUCACCAGUCUGCGUGCAGGUGAUGCUGGAGAGCAACAGCGAGCCGCCGACUGAUAGGAUUUCUAUGGCCACUCACGUAGUUAUUCUGGACGUAUGGCGCUGUCUGUGGCGGGCCAGCUUCGCGGUGAAUUUUUACCUGUACCUGCUGACCGGCUCUAAGUUCGGAACGAGGCGUACAAUAUGAUUGUGGCCUGUUCUGGGAAAUGGAAAUGUAUUCAGUCUAGAGUGUCGCAGACUACUGGGACAUGCGCAGUAACUUCGAGUGCGUGCUAUGCUUAAAUAUGCACGCACGCACACACG